CACGUCACUUCAAGGAAUCUUUAAAGCGUCCGUCGCCUGUAUAAAAUGUUUCAGUACUCGACAGCCAGCAACAUGAACGGCAUGAAGACGCAGUCGCCGAUAAUGACAAUGGCCAACAAUGACAACGACCCUCUCCCCCUCGGCUGGGAAGUCAAAAUUGACCCUCAGACUGGAUGGCCUUUCUUUGUGGACCACAAUAACCGCACGACAACCUGGAAUGACCCGCGACACGACACGAAAAAGGUAAGAGAAGUGUCCGCAAAUGGACCCAACAUACCACCAGAACCGAGUCCUCAGGAGAACCAGAAAACCUUUGUGAGGGAGAUGAAGCACCCCAUCCUGCGUCCAGGUUAUGUUCCCAUUCCCGUCUUCCAUGAGGGCGCCGAACUGAGGCAGCAACAGCAUCCAUGUUACUCCUACAUCCAGCCAACCACUGCACAGAAUAUCCGGUCAGAUGGGCGGACGCCUUCCCCAACGCCAGGACUGCACUGCAGGCCUAGAUCACCUUUACACGGACCUUCAGAUAGCUGCUCCGCUGAGCCUGGAAAGGCCAGUUCACCUGUUUCACAAACAGCAGAGGUUUACACAGCCCCGCAUCACCAACCCCAACGGCCCAGCAGCACAGGUCUCCAAGCAGGUUACAUCCCCAUCCCGGUGAUCCAUGAGGGUGGAGGAGGCCAAACGCAAACACAGCCUCAGUUAAAUCCCUCUGUCUACUCUCAGCGCAACCCCUACUCAGAGCACCAGCAGCCCUUCCAUCGCCAUCAGGCCGAUGAAUGGCCUGGAUACUCUGCAGCAAUGCAGCCUCCCCGGGAAAGAGCUUCUCCCAUACUGAUUCCCCAGCACCGCGAUGCCACUUCUAUUCACCUCCAACCUCAUAUUAGAAGCCAGUCACCUAUUGUAACACAGGUGCUGGGAGAAAGGCCGCAGGCUCAGCAGCAUGUCCUCACAAGAGACCCGCCCCAGAAAAUGGAGCAGGAACAACAGAGCGCUCAGCAGAAACCCGAGAACACACAGCUCCCGCAGCCAAUGCAUACAGAACCUGAUGUCCAAAGGCCUCCACAACCUCAACCUUUCCAACAGCCCCCACCUCAGCAGCCUCAACCCUUCCAGCAGCCCCCACCUCAGCAGCCUCAACCCUUCCAGCAGCCUCCACCUCCGCAGCCUCAACCCUUCCAGCAGCCCCCACCUCCGCAGCCUCAACCCUUCCAGCAGCCCCCACCUCCGCAGCCUCAACCCUUCCAGCAGCCCCCACCUCAGCAACCUCAGCAUUUUCAGCAGCCUCAGCAUUUUCAGCAACCUCAGCAGUUUCAGCAGCCUCAACAGUUUCAGCAGCCUCAACAGUUUCAGCAGCCUCAACAGUUUCAGCAGCCUCAGCAGUUUCAGCAGCCUCAGCAGUUUCAGCAGGCACCACCUCAGACAUCUCCACAGCCUCAGCAUCCCGAACAGUUACUGCAUUUGCACCAACAGUUCCAGCAGAGCCAGAAACCAGAGCAACCACAACAACAUACUGCAGAUAUCACUGUUCAAAUACCUCCAAAACCUGAGGCCCAGGACAUGGCAGCUGUACCCCCAGAGGUCCCACCUGCAAAGGUCGAGGCUGAACAGGCUGCUCAGUGCCCAGUGCACCCAGGCUUGGCUAAGGUGCAGCAGAUAGUUGAACGGGUCGCUAAACUGGAGCAGGAGGUGAAAUGUUUUAAUGGAAAGAAAAAUGAUAAGAAGUACUUGUUACUGGAGGAGCUGCUGACCAAAGAGCUCUUAGCACUGGACUCGGUUGACCCAGAGGGUCGUGUAGACGUACGGCAGGCAAGGCGGGAUGGAGUCCGUCGUGUUCAGACCAUACUGGAAGAACUGGAGCAACUGGAGGAGCAGCCAGCCAAGCCCGCCAGCGAGCCUGCAGUGGAAGGAGACAACCUGACGCAGAAAGGAGAGCCCAGGAUGAUCACUAAGGAGAAUGCUGAGCUGGCAAAAGAGAUAUCAUAAUGACUUUACACUUCAUAAUUGAGAGGGGAGCAGGAUAACCUGCUGUAUAUUUGAUAGUGAACAAGUCUGCUCUGGCUAACUCCUCCUCCUUUAUCUACAGCAUUUGUGGAAGUUGCAUGCAUUGAUUAACAGUGUUGGUAUUUCCUGCCAUUCAGCACAUAAUUGAUGGUAUCUCAGUGCAAUCAUGUUUUUCAAGCCAAUGUUGUUGCCUUCUGUGUUGUGCCAAUGUCUUCAUAAUAAGACAGCUGUCAUGAUCAAGGUGUAGACAACAAUUUCUAGUCAAAUUUGAAUAAGAGGCCUUUAUCAAUAAAUGGAAGAAAAGUAGAAGUAUUUUCUUAAGAAAUAUGUGUGGUUGCCUUUUGUCUUGAUCAAAUAUUGUACGAAGCUUUUCUUAAUCCAGCCAGCAAAUCAGUUAGUACACGAGCGCAAACAUCGGGGCUUUAAAGCAGAACUCACUGCAGAACUCAGUCAACAGAAAAGCAUUUUCCCCUUUAUAGCCACAUGGCCGUGUUGGCGCUGCUUUGUCACAGAACACAGUGAAUAUGUUUAUUAGAUGCUGCUUUUUGGUGCAUUACUGAUUUUGCCGUCUUUGCACUUUGCCAUCAUUGAAAUGUAUCAUGCUGAGCAAUCAGCAGCACUUCAUUUGAAAUAUAUAAGUUACACGAGUUUUGAUUGACGUGUUUGUAUGUGCAUUGGUUUACUUGUUAUUUCAAAACACUAUAUCAGUAUUUAUAACAUCAUAUAGUAUUUUGGUACAUUUAUGAAUGUGUAAUGACAAAUGGAGGAGAGACGAGUAUCUUACUCGAGAUGUCAGACAAUCAGCACUUGGUGCUAACGAGGAAUCACAGUUGUCAGAAUGUAUAACUACCACAGCCACAAUCUGUAAUAACACUAACCCCCCCCCCCCAAAAAAAUGGCCUAAAAGCCUUACAGGUGCCAGUGAUGAGAAAGUACCCAUGGAUUCAAAGAGAAAUUAUAAUAUUCCUUUAGAAAUGUCCAGAGUUACUUUCAAGAUUACUCUUUUGUUUGUGUAGUAAUUUGUCACUAUUAUACGAUCAUUAACCAUCUGUAAGGUCGAGCCACUGCCCAGCACACCUUAACAAAUUAUGGAUUGUGGCUUAUUGUUGAUCACUGUUUAUGAGUAGCAGGUUGAUGCAUUGUUGAAAAUAAGUCACGUUGGUAUGUUUGAAAAUAAAAAUGUAUUUGGCAAGGA